CACGUUGCCACACAAAAAAUGCCAAAAAAACUACAAAACAACCACAAUUAAAUAAUGAAAAAACUGGCAAAGUUUUGGUAUAUUAAUGAAUGAAAUCAUGUGAAGUUCGUUUUUAAAACGUAAAUGAGUGUGUUUUUGCGCCCUGUCAUCUAUUUUUUCCCAUUUGUGAGGCAUGCAAAAGUAAGGUUAGGCCGGCAUGUGUCCACUUUUUUCGGAUUUUUGAAUGUCAUGUUUGCUUUAUUUGUCAAAACCUAAUUCUGGAAGUGAUUUUAGUUGUAUAGACUGCUUUUUCACACUUUUCCGAGUGCAUUUAGUGUAAAUUAACGAUGAAAUUUUACGUGGAAUCUGUCUCAAAGUGUGCCCAACGUUUGGGGACUCUUUCAGAGAUCGAUGCCAAGCCUUCUGUCUCGAUCAAGACUCCUGCAGUAAUGCUCCACACACAGGGCGGUCAAAUCCCUCACAUUACACAUGAGGUGUUUAAACUGGUCAGUAGGGACCCCCAGAUCUUGCAAAUCCCUUUAGCUGGGAUGCACACGUUUAAAGAGGCGAUGCAGUAUUACGAAGGGACCAUUUCCAAUUUCAUUGGUAGUAAAGACAGUCUGACUUGUCUCACUCUUCAAGACCCUUGCAAUAUCACAAAACAGGGGCACAAUUCCACGUUAAAAGUGCCCAUUUGGACGAAAAACGGCAAGGUUUAUUACGACGCUAAAAGCUACAUGGACGUGGUGGAGUCUUUCAAGCCUGACAUUUAUUUCUUGCUCUCUGAUGGAGACACCAAUAUCAGCAGUUCGGAAAAACGCAUUUCAAAAUCACUCAGUAACACAGUCAGUUUCUACAAGGAGUGUUUGGAGAGACACCGAAAAUCGCAAACUUUAGCCAAUUCGUUUGUGAUUGCUCCUGUAGUGGGGGGUUAUAAACAAUUAGCUCGGGAAAAGUUUCUCAAAUCGAUUCUAGCAGAUGUCAAAGAUGUAGGUGGGUUUUUAAUAGAUGGACUUCAUAAUAAUGGUCCCGAGACCGAGUUUUUGGAAUUUGCUGAAAUUGAGCCCGUGGUGAAAAAUAUUUUGAAUAAAUUACCCACUGAUAAACUACGGGUCAUUCAAGGCUGUUGGAAUCCCGUAAAUGUUAUUAAUUUGGUCGAAAUGGGGAUUGAUUUGUUUGACUCCUCAUAUUGUCAUAUUCUCACUGAAAGAUCAGCAGCAAUGACUUUUGCGAUAGAACCAACAGAUCAGACAGACACGUAUGAAAUAAAUCUAAGAGACGCAAAAUAUUUGGACGAUUUUCAGCCAAUUCUAACUGGUUGCAAUUGCACGUCUUGCACAAAAUAUUCAAGGGCAUACAUACACCACUUGCUAUCAGUACAUGAGCUCCUGGGGCCAAUCCUCGUGAUGAUACACAAUGUGUACCACUAUUUGCGAUUUUUCGAAAAAAUCCGCAAGUGCGUGAAAUCAAACACCUUACAAGCACUCCAAGUGAGCAUAACGGAACAAUUCCAAAACCACCAAAAAACCAAGUGACGGGACACCAAAUUGUACAAAAUUUUCGUGUUGUACGACUGUUUUUCUAUUAUUUUUAAAUAAAUUGUCCGUUUGAUAA